AUUGCGCUGGACAUUGUACAAACACAGAACAAAAAGACAGUCCCUUCCUCAGAGCUUACAGUCCACUCUUUGGAUAAAAUAAGGGAAGAGAACAUAGCCCAGUGAUGACAUAUUGAAAGAGUAUUUAACUGUACAAAACUGAAAUUCAUACACUAUCAUAGCAAUCACUUUUUCUCGUUAGGAGGAAGAACUUGUUUCUGUACAUGAAUCCUGAACUAGAUAUGAGCCCAGGUCAAAACAGAAAUGCAAAUAUUUACAAACUUUGGAAGUGUUCAGGUCCACAAUUUGCAUUUCAGAUCCAUCAUUCUAAACUUUAAGUACCACUACAGCGUUUAAUUUGAAUAGAGUAUGACUGGGAAACUGACAGACGAGUCCACCAAUCAGGACAUCAACAAAUUCUGAUGAAACUAGGUCUAGUUAACAGAAAUUACAAAAUUAUCUACAUGAAUCUGAGAGAGAGAGAGAAUACUUGUCAGAAUCAGUGAACAAGCAAUGGAGAUGUAUUCGUUUUCAGUGAGGAAAGUAUCCAGUGCUGUCUUGUUCAUUAAUUUGGCCUUCGUUUUUAUAAACCAAAUGCAUAGCACACUAUGUUUUGUAGACAUUAACUGACUGAGUUGUUGUCUGUGAGUUUUUUUAACAUCUCAUGUUAUGUGUCUGUUUCUACGUAACAUAAGGUCACCCAACAGGAGUAGUACAGUCCAUCGCAAGAAUUGAAGACAGUGAACAUUAUGGACCUCAGGGCCAAACGUCGAUGGAUCAUAUAAUUCUAUGCAAUGUUCAUUCAAACAAAUGAACUUGACCAUUACUGUGUAAUCUGUGCAUUUGGCCUGGAUUGAAAGCUCGCAGUUGCGUCUCUCUCUUCCUUUUAUCUGUGAUGCUUAAUUCCCAUUACCCUCAAGUGACGUGAGGACUUUCCUCUUUAUGAACCACCUUCAUGUGUAUACCGAUUUGGUACAUGUACUGCCUCCUCCAAGCACCAGUCUUCAGCUACUGGCUACAUACUGUGCUGGUUCUUACACGAUGCUUCAUUCCUCAAGGGAUCUGUAUAUCGGUGGCUCAAGGCACCAGUGCCGAGACAGGCACCAGCAUGGUGAAAACUGCAGCUUGGGCCACCAACAGACGGCACCAAUGCUGAUGCCAGGUAAGAGAUGGCUCGGGCAAUCCUGGAUCCUAACCUGUGAGCAUUCUGCCUCCUCUAAAAUAGUCUUGCAAGUCUGUGCUUGAAUAGGCUUAUGAUUUUGUCACCCCAGGCUGUGUCUGAGUAGAUUUGUCCUGUUCCUCUCGUAGAGACCAAGCAAAAGGCCCUGCUGCAGACUUCGGAGUGACCUUCCUGGUUCUGUCCACUCAGCCUGGCACUAGGACCCCCUUUGUAGCAAGGUUUCUCACACAAGAAUGCUGGCCCUAGAGCAGGUUGAAUGGGAUUGUUUUGAGAGGGGGUUGAAUAAUGAGCAUGUAUUUCUCUGUUUCAUUCAUUUUUCCCAUGUUACCUUCCCUCUGUCCCCAGAAUUCUCAGGGUAUCAUUGGGGCUGUGUUGAAAAUCCUGGGCUGCUUUGGAGCACCAAAAAGAUAGUUGUAAGUGAAUGAACCCAGGAGAGAAACAAAACCGCUGUUGAUGGAAGUAGGGCAGACGAUAGUUGGUGGGGAUUGCGGCCUUGCUCAGCACGGGGCCAGUUGAUGUGUAUGGCCUGUUUAACAUGGUGCUGCCAUGUCUUCCCUAGCAUUGUAACUAGUUGCUUCUCAGCAGUUGUGUCAAGGACUCAGUGGGCAAGCUCAUUUGCUCUUGAUAUGAAGGAAUCAUGGCUUGCAGCAGUCCCAUCAGGAAGUAGCCUGAACUCGCUGUGUCGGUCACUCUGGUGGCCAGUGCUGCUCACCAGAUUGCUUGGGAAUAGAGUAUUUGGGGUUGGUGUUCUAAGCUUCUCAGUGCUUGCAAAGAGACCCACUGUGCUUGCAGCCAACAAGCAUAGAUGGGGAGGUGACCGUGCCCGCAGGAUGAUCUCCCUGGCGUAGCUGUAAAGUGCACAACUCUCUUGGCAGGGAUUCUCCCCUUCCUCUGACAUGGUCCAUUUGCAGCUGGAUUGCGUUUGUUUCAGCUGUGUGGGCCGCUCUCUAGAACAUACAUUAAUGUUUUUGCUUUUCUCCCCUUCUCCUGUGAGACUGUGACCCUGUCCCCCCAUGCAGCAGAUGCCAAGGCUUGUUCCCUCAAUUCCAGAUGAUACCCCUUCAGAGCUCGCAACUCACUUCCUUCCAUAAUGAGGGCUGCUUCCCUCCAUCCAUAAAUGGUUCCUGUGGCAGGAUCCAUCUCUCUCUGGAGAACAAAGCACUGUGGGAGGAGUUCUACACACUUGGCACUGAAAUGAUCAUCACCAAAUCUGGGAGACGUAUGUUCCCACCUUGCAAAGUGAUUGUUUCUGGCCUGAACCCUCACUCUCUCUACCUGAUGCUGGUGGAUAUUGUACCUUUGGACAACGCUCGGUAUAAAUGGCACUGUGGCCACUGGGAGGCAGUCGGAAAAGCUGAUCCCCAUUUCCCCAGUCACUUCUACCUCCAUCCAGAUUCUCCAGCUCCUGGCAGCCACUGGAUGAAAGAACCAGUCUCCUUCCAGAGACUCAAGAUCACCAACAAUACUCUGGAGCAGUGUGAACAUAUUAUAUUGCAUUCAAUGCACAAAUACCAACCACGAUUCCAUGUGGUGCUGACCAGCGCACAUACACUCACCCUGCCCUGGAAUGCUGUAGCCACCUUUGUGUUCCCAGAAACAACUUUUAUGGCUGUGACGGCCUAUCAGAAUUCCAAGGUUACCCAGCUGAAGAUUGAUAACAAUCCAUUUGCAAAGGGGUUCCGAGAGAAUGGCCUCAGCUCUAAGAAGAACCGAGGGAAAAGUGUUCAAGGUACUGAAAUGGGCAAGCAAGCAAGUGCUGAGGAGACAGGCUGUGACCCCCUCACCGAUGUGAAAGCUCAGUGUGAUGCACUUCCUUCCUCCAGCCUGGAGCCUUACCCUCAGAGCUCCAUUGUGGUUACCCUAGAAGACAUGGACCUCUGGAUGCAGUUUCAUCAAGUAGGAACUGAGAUGAUCAUCACCAAGUCUGGCAGACGAAUGUUUCCACAGUGCAAAAUUAAAGUCUCUGGCUUGAUCCCGUAUGCUAAGUACCUCAUGCUGGUGGAUUUUGUGCCGAUGGACAACUUCAGAUACAAGUGGAAUAAGGAUCAAUGGGAAGUUGCUGGAAAAGCAGAGCCACAGCUCCCCUGUCGUACAUACAUACAUCCAGAUUCUCCAGCUCCCGGCAGCCACUGGAUGAAAGAACCUGUCUCCUUCCAAAAGCUGAAGCUCACCAACAAUACCCUGGAUCAACACGGACAUAUCAUCCUUCACUCCAUGCACCGCUACAAGCCUCGCUUCCACAUCGUUCAGGCAGAUGACCUGUUCAGUGCCCGCUGGAGCAUCUUCCAGAUGUUCAGCUUCCCUGAGACUGUCUUCACCUCUGUCACUGCCUAUCAGAAUGAGCAGAUCACAAAACUCAAGAUUGACAACAACCCAUUUGCUAAGGGAUUCCGGGAACAUGGGAAGAACACUCGAAGAGAAGGGCGAGCCAAAGGCCAGAAAUUUAGUCCAGCCAAAGGCCAGAAGAGGAAGCUGCCAGAAGAAACAGAAUCUGGUGCUGAGGAAUCUGAUUUUGUGAAGGAUGAGAAUGUGGAGGUGAAGGAAGAGAGUAAUUCCAUUCCUGUCAGCAGCGGGUACCCCUUCUGGGUCUCCGAGCAGAAUGGCAGCCACUCAAUCCCUGUAGCGUCACCUGCACCAGCAGACCAAAGAGAGGCAACUGCCAGAGAGCAGCAAGUGCCAACACCUUCCUCCUACCAGACAUACAGGUUCCAUGACAAUGGGGAUACACAGCAGGCGCCCGCUCGUGACAUCCUCGCUUUAAAUGAGUUCCGAGCCAGAUCCCACCGAGUGAAUAUAGCCACGGUGCCCGAGCAAGACUCCAAACAGCUGUCAGAAGGUUUCACCAACAUGUCUACACUCCACCCUCCACUACCUCCUCCACAGGACUAUACUGGGGUGGUCAACAUGGCUGUAGACUCUGCUGGGAAACCAGGGGCCCGAGGUCCAAUGUACAAUCCAUAUGGCACCGAGCAAGGCCUAGGCCAAUGGAUGGUACCUUCCCACAGCCAGUACAGGGCAAUGAGCUAUUCUCCCUUCUCCACAGAUUAUAAUACUCAAGGGGCUUCAGGGCAUGCCCAUGGGAGCAUGGCAGACUGGAGCCAGUACCCUUUGUUCCCCUAUGCUUGCUGGUGAAGGGAAGGAUUCUUCCCAAUGAAAGAACUCAAAGAACAUUGUAAGGAAGACCACUUUAAAAUGUGCUCUGGGAUUGUCAACUUGUGGCCCUGCCUACAGUAGGCAAAGAGGUGUUGCAACAAAUCGUAGGCUGGGACACGUUUAAUCUCGCAACAUCCGUACAACAACUUGUGCCCCCACUCAACAGCCGUCCUUCAAGCACUGGUUGUAGAGGUUGGUUGCAACUCCUCCAUUAGUUGAGAUCUGUCUGAAUCAAUGUAUUCUACAAUGCUGUCUCCGAAGUGUGGAUGGGAAGUCACUAGCAUUGCAGCUGCACUGGUUCAGCCAGCUUCUUAACGCUAUCCUAAAAUGCAUUUGUAUCUUGUGUUUGGAAAUUACCCAAAAGCCCCUGCUCCCAGAAGAAUGCUAGCCAGGGGACAUAUGCCUAAGGUGUCACAGAAUGUACCACAGGUGGACACACCAAAACAGUUCAGCCAUAAGCAUAGCGGCUGUGUGGAUGCAGGCAUCAUUGUAAGGACAUGCCAGACAACGAACCUGUCAAUGUCCCUGCAGUGUCUUCUUCAGUUAGUGUUGUAGACAUCCCCAAUAACUGACCGUAGAAAGUACUGCCACAGUCAUGGCCCUUUCCCUAAAGCUGUGUAAUGGAGAAGAUGCAACAAUGCGUGUGCUCCUGAAGCAGAGUUGGAAGGGUCACACAGGCAGAUCCGAGUUCAUUGCACACAAGAGAACAACUGCAAGUGUCUGUGUUUGUCUCCAUGUGUCAUCAUACCAGCUCCCUUGCCUUACUCAAUUCACACCUGUUCACCCAGUGGGUCUCAAACUUUUUUACUGGUGACCCCUUUCACAUCGCAAGCCUCUGAGUGCUACCCCCCAGUAAAUUAAACACCCUUUUUAAUAUAUUUAACACCAUUAUAAAUGCUGGAGGCAUGUGGGGCUUGAGGUGGAGGUUGAUAGCUCGUGACCCCCCAUGUAAUGAUCUUGCGACCCCCUGAGGGGUCCCAACCCCCAGUCUGAGAACCUCUGUGUUAACCCAGUGUUUUCUCGUUGUCCUUUUUGUUGCUAUUUUCAGUUGAGCCGGUGGCAUUUGGGAAAUGCCCUGGGAGUUCUUGGAAAGGUCUGAUAUUGACCGAAAUAGGACUAUGUAUAGCAGAGCUCACUCUGUUAUGCUGACCUCUGUCUUUGUGAGGGAAGGUGUUUUUUAAUGUAAAUCUCAAACAUCCCCCACCUUUGCUUCUCCCACAGCUCCAGACAGGGCUGUCUCCAGUGUUUUUGUUGCCCCAAGCGGCGGGGUCAAAAAAAGGCCACAAUAGGCGGCACUUCAGCGGCAGC